AUGAGCAUCAGCCAUGACAAAGCGUUGGAAUAUCUCACCGGAGUCCUGGAUGGAGUGCCCGAUGGCGACGAGCUGCUUCAGCUGGUUGAACUCAAGUUUAUCCGGAAAGAGAGUGUGCAAAAUCAAGCGAAAAAGGCGCGCUAUCUAUGGCUGAUCUUUCAUCUCUUGGAAACAUACGCAAGCACGGUUGUCUAUGAAGCAGCGACUUUGCUGACGGCUCCAACAAACAACCCGGUGACUGUCAAGGUGGCCGCUGGGAAAUUCAUCGAGCUAAGCAUCAAAGAGGCGGACAGCAAUGUCAAGCUUAUCGUGCUUGAUCAUGUUGACCAACUGCGGAGACGGAACAAGGGCGUGUCAUCAUGGAAAUCCUGCGAGUGCUGUCCCGCCCUGACUUGA